AUGGCUUUCUACCAGCAACCCCAGAACCCAUACGGGCCCCCGUCUCUCGUCAUCGAGCCAACCCAGAGCUACCUAUACCGCCUCCGAUCAAUGGCCCACCGCAAAGAUGUCCUCGUUAAGAGUGGCUUCAUCCUCAACCCACUAUCUGAGAGAGAUGUCGACGAUAAGAAGCGAUGCCGCAGAUGCAACCUCCGCUGCUCCAACAACAGGAACAAGUUCAAGUCGAUUGGGAAGGGUUCCCAAGCCGACGCCAAGUCCUCAUCCGCCCAGCCCAAGACCAAGACGUUCACCAGAUCUUCUUCCAUGGACGACGAGGAGCCUGAGGGCGCAAAGGCGGACGAGAAGCCCGCAAAGCCGGUCCUCAAGUGUCAAUACCACACCGGCCGCGUCAUCAACAUGCGCUGGAACUGCUGUAGAGUUCACGUGUCUGAGCCGGGCUGCACGUACGCCCCAGAGCACCUCGUCCGGACCUACCCCUCGGGCGAAGUCCACGCCCGCCACCAAUACCACAAGACCCCAACCCACGCCCUCUUGAACCUGGGAAUCGACACGGUGUCGUCCAGCCAGAGGGUGCCGCGCCGCGCCGUCGCCAUGGACUGCGAAAUGGGCGUCGCCUACGACGGCGAAUCCGAGCUCAUCCGCGUAACACUCAUCGACUACUUCACCUCGGAGAUCCUCCUCGAUAGCCUCGUCUACCCCCAGGUCCGCAUGGCGCACUACAACACGCGGUACUCGGGCGUCUCCCGCCCAGACAUGGAGGCUGCGAAAUCAAAGGGCAAGUGCAUCACCGGCGGGCUGGCCAACGUCCGGGCCGCGGUGUGGGAGUGGGUGAGCGCCGAGACCAUUGUCGUCGGACAUGCCGUCCACAACGACCUCGCCUCGCUGCGUUGGAUUCACCCCAAGGUGGUGGACUCUUUGAUCCUCGCUACUAACGUCCGGGCCGAGAUUGAGAGAUUGGAAGCGGAGGAGGAGAGGAGAGCCAAUAAGGAGGCUGCUGCUGACGGUGGUGGUGUCAAAUUGGAAGAGGAAGACCUCAUCUCCUUUGAUAAGCCCAAAGACUCGGAAAAGGCCAAUGAAGGAGGCAGUUCCACCGAGAAGAAGCCCCAGAAGCGCAAGACCGGUGGGCUCUCCCUCAAGGCGCUGACAUCCGAGAUGCUUGGUCGUGACAUUCAAAAGGGUAGGAUCGGUCACGACAGUCUGGAAGAUGCCUUGGCGUCGAGGGAUCUGGUGCACUGCUUCGUGGCCAAGAAGCUGGCAGAGUCGGCUGCGGAGGGUGGUCUGAUCAUUCCUGGUUUCUGGUGA